AAAACCGGGUGUCCUCAUUGUAUCACAAUGAUAAUAUUCACAACAUAAACAUUUUUGGUCGUAGAUUUCGUCACAGUUUUGACAAACAUAGCCUAUAUCUUACUAGGCAUUUGACGGACUGAAACGGGGACUUCACUAUCGUUGUCGAAAAUGGCGGGAAAAGAUGGCGGGAAACAAUGGUAUCAGCAGACAAUCAAGAUAUUCGCAGCUUCUCUAUUGACGUUUUUCGUUGGUAUUACAGUACGAGGAGACUGGGUACUGAUUUUCUUCAACCUUUGGAGAUACCAUCACAAUGGAACGGCCACAUCGCCCAAUCCGACACCAGGUGUCUCUCUUGCAAGCAUCUACCUCAAAGACCUCCAUUUCUACCUCAUCCCGUCCGUUAUCGUGUCCUACGUCACCUACUUCGGGAUGGCUGGCUACUUUCAUCGGUAUUUCUACAUCAAUAGGAAAGACAAGGCACACGAAUGGAAAUGCCAGGCGGAGAAGUUCCUGACCCCAGAAAAUGAGCGACAUGCAUUGAUGGUUGGCUCCAUGAAUAUGACAAUCGGUGCCUUAUAUUCAGGAACUGCUGCUUGUGUAAUCAUGAAUGGUGCCCCGUCGAAGUUAUACUACUCCAUCUCAGACUACGGGAUAAUCUACGCCAUCUUAUCCGCAAUCGUUGUCUUCCUGCUAAUAGAAGGCGCUGGAUACUACGCACACAAGAUGUACCACAUCCCAUGCUUGUACAGGGCGAUUCACAAAUGGCAUCAUCGAUACCAGCAGCCGAUGGUCUGGGUCUCGGGCGCGAUGCAUCCUAUUGAAUUUCUCACCUACCAGACGAUAUUUGUGUCUCCAGUAUUCUUCCUCCCGCUGCAUCCGUUUGUCUUCUUGAGUGUUAUAUUGUACCACUAUUACUACGGGGUCGUGGACCAUUCAGGAAUCAAGAUGGCUGCCAUCUGGCCAUGGCAAAUACAUUCAAUGUACCAUGACAACCAUCACAGGUUUUACCACUGUAAUUUCGGCUUCAACAUUAAGUUCUUUGAUUGGCUGCACGGUACCAUGCACAGGGACGAUCGCCUCUACAGUGAGGCGAUAUUCGGCGGAAAGGGGGCGCCACUUGUCAAAGAAGGCUGAUUGGUUAAGUCAUGUACUGUGGAAUGAUGACAGAAUCAAGAAUACAUUAUACUUCCGUCGUAUUGAGGUUGAUGGCUUCACUGCGUGAUACAGCAUCUUCUCCAAGGAAUUAAGCUUGGACAGAGUCGAGCAUGAACAGGCCUGGGGGCACCAGUGAUAUGGCCAAGGCCAGUGUAGCGUUUUUAGUUGUUGAACAUGUUUCAGUGAGCAACAAACAGCUGGAGAUACCAUGACUUUUUGUAACGUAGAGAGAAAAAGAGAUCACAGCGCUAGGCCCACAUUUAAAUGGUCUAGAUGUUGUAUGAAAAGGUUCAUAUCCACUGUGGCCAAUAGGGUACUGUGCCGUUAACAAUAGGGACAGCUAGUGCACAUACCUACAUGUACGUGGCCUGGGUAAUUUCCUGGUCGAUAACAAAGAAGAUGGCCAAUGGACUCUUCUUUCCUGUAGUAUAACAACUACCCCAUUGACCACAGUGAUAACACGACAGAUGUGAAGUGGCAUCUACAAGUCAUUUGUAAGAAAGGAAAACGCAAAUAAAGAACUGCCAAACUAUUUAUCAAUUUUCAA